AUUUAAUUUACUGCUGUUUUGGAAGUGUUUGGCAAGGAAUGAUGUUUUUGUUGUCCGUGUUUUCCAUGUUCUCCAAACCCCAUUUUCUGAGAACAACUUCAAGAUCUUUUUCCUGUUAUUUUGCACUAUUUAGAGGAAGAAAAGAGUUGUUCUUCUUUGUUUUCAAAAGGGUGUUCUCCUUGUUCUUGUGUCUCCUCUUCUCAGCUCGAUGUUGCUAGAUCUGAAAACGUGUUAGCUUUAACCCUCUAAAAUCAAACUCAAUUUGCUAGAUUUGAGAGCAGAGAAAGAGCAAAUUUGGAGGCUUUCCCAUGGAAUUUGUCACCCCUUAGUUUAUGAUAGACAAUCUGAGAUAUAAAAUGAAAAAAAUUCGGUGGUCAAGGGUUCUUUCCUUAAUCUACUGCUUUUAUGGGCUAGGGAUUUUAGGGAAGCUAUACCCAAGAGCCCUCGUCAGCUUGAUUUGGAAGUAUUAGAGAAAAAAAAAUUGUAAUUACAGUGCCAAUCUAGAGAUAAAAAGAGGAAAAAUCCCUGAUUGGAAUAACUAAAAUGGGUGAAGAAAUGGGUACCUUGAACCUUGUAUUGGGUAUUUUGGUUGGUGGGGUUGAUGAUAUCCAGAGAUUCUCUGGAAGAAGGUUGAAGAAGGCUUUUUCUACUUACCUUGAUUUUUUUCUUGAGGUAAGGGAAGCCAUCAAGAAACAUUCACAUGGGGCUAAUCGGGUUUUACCGUUGCCUGAGGAAGAGAACGUGGACUCAAAUUCAAAUGACUCGUCAAGGGUGUCUACCAGUCUUCCUAAGGCAAACAUUGCUGGCAAAUGCUCCAAGAUUCGUCUGAAGCUUCGUCUGAAGCUUCGUCUGCCUUAUGGCUUCUUUAAGUUUAUGAAUCAUCGGGUGUCUGCCGAAGCCCGCGAGAAAACACCACAUGUGGCUAAUAGCCUUUUCCAGAUACCUGUGGAAGAGGAGAUGGCUAGUCCAGAAGUUGGACCUUCCAUGUUCGACUUCAGUGGCGUCAGUGGCUGGCCCCUUCCUUCCUCCUCUUCCAAUUCAUCCUCUUUGUGGAUUGUGGAUUCAGGUGCAACACACCAUGUUUGUUUCUUUGCAGCCUCCUUUGAACGCGGCGAUCCGAUUUUCAAUUCUGCCGUUUUUCUACCAAAUGGAGAUAGAGUUCCUGUACUUGGAACAGGGUCUGUUCGUUUGUGUAAUGAUCUUACUCUCCAAAAUGUUCUGUUUAUUCCCCAAUUCCAUUGCAAUCUGCUUUCUAUUAGUGCCCUCACUCAGCAACAUCGCUAUGUUGUUAGUUUUCAUCAUGAUCAUUAUGUUAUUGAGGACCCUACACAAGGCCGAAGGAUUGGGAUGGGUAGACAGGUAGGUAAUCUCUACAUUCUGGACUUGAGCAACAUGUUUUUCGUUUCCCUGUGAUGAUGCUUCUUUCACACAAUCAGAGCUUUGGCACCUUGUUCGGAGCCAAAGUUAACUGGUUGACUUUUACAAUUGCUCUUACAAUUCUUCUUCCAAGACUCACGUGUGGCGGGUCUUCAAGUCCUUAGAGACAGCAAGUACGGGUUCCUCUGCCCAUGCGAUGAUGCGCUCAUUAGUCCACCAAAGGCCCUCACGGAUGAGGGGUCUGCAGCCAUAUACAGGAACCUUGACCAAGAGCAUUGGAACUUUUUAAACUAGUGACCUUUAAUGUGUGAGAUCUCUACUUAGUAUGUUCUAUGGUUAUUAUCUUCUAAUACACUCCUGGAAUGCUCGAUAUGGUCAUAUGUGUGAAGGCCGGUGAAAAGGAAAGUUAAGGGUUUGUUUGGAAAUU